AUGACCAAUUUAAGAUUUGCGACCUUCUCGUCCGACGUCGAACUUCCUUUCUGGAUGAAUCUCGCGUCGCGAAAGGUCGACGUCGAUCGAUUAGAUGAAUCUGCUCAAGCGCUGCGUGGGUUUUACGAAAUUCGGCCCAGUGACCCACCGGAAGCGUCUUGUCGUAUGCAGCUCCAUGGCAGUGCACUGAACGGCGAUAUGUCUGUACGUCACCAGUGGUUUGAUAGGAUUCAGCUGAAUUCCGAUAUUAAGAAGUACAAAUUCACAUAUCUCUUCGCAUUUCCUGCACUGCACUCGGACCCAGCAUGGCAUGUAAUGCCUUACGUAGAUACGGACGGCAAUGCCAAUGUACAUCGGACAGCCGUUGAGAUCAUUUCUCACCUCACAAUCCCAGAGGCGACGUCUCUGACAGCCGCAGUUGAAACCUGGCGGUCGAGUGUGGACUCAGGCCAGCGUGGGUUUUUUCUUGCGAAAAGACAUCCGAUGCAUCCGAACUCGAAGGAAACACCCACCACGACCCCCUCCAAUCAACCUCUGCCAGAGUAUGAAAACGAAGUCAACUGGACAAUAGGUUCUCUACGCUCCUUCGAGAACGGGUUUUUUGACGGCGUCCCUGAAUCUGAUCGCUUCAUUUCCUUCGCAGAUCCAUCCACAUAUCCCUCUCAUCCGGGUUGGAUGCUACGGAAUCUACUCGUAUUGAUUCGACGACGGUGGAAACUGCAAAUGGUUCAAAUCUUGUGUUACAGAGACGUCCAAGGACAAGGGCAGCGCGCAAGAAGUCUAGUCGUACCGCUUAGGAUGUCAUCGCCAGGCACCGAAGCGACACCAGAGACAGAUCCAGACAGGUUGCCCAAAGUCACUGGCUGGGAACAGAACAGCGCAGGCAAGUUGAUAAACAAAGCAGCGAACCUUGGAGAAUACAUGAAUCCGCAUCGUUUGGCAGAUCAGGCUGUUGAUCUCAAUUUGAAAUUGAUGAAAUGGCGAAUUGCGCCGAAGCUUAAUCUUGAAAGGAUCAAAAACACUAGGUGUCUGUUGCUAGGUGCUGGAACGCUCGGGAGCUAUGUUUCACGCAAUUUAAUGGGAUGGGGCGUUAGAAAAAUUACCUUCGUCGACAAUGGGAGCGUCUCUUUUUCUAAUCCAGUGCGACAACCACUCUUUACGCACAGUGACUGCUUGAAUGGUGGCGUUAAGAAAGCAACCCGGGCGGCCGAGAGUCUCAAAGAGAUUUACCCCAGCGUUGAUUCUCAGGGUUUCGUACUCUCGGUACCAAUGGCAGGACACCCUAUCAUGGAUGCAAUCAAAGUUAAGCAGGACUUUGAAAGGCUUCAAGCGUUGAUCGAAGCGCACGACGCAUUAUUCCUAUUGAUGGAUACUAGAGAAAGUCGUUGGCUGCCAACGGUAAUAGGCAAAGCCUCUGACAAGAUCGUUAUGAACGCAGCACUCGGCUUUGAUUCUUACGUUGUGAUGCGUCACGGUAGGAAAAGCUCAAUAUUAGACCAUAAGGAACUUGGGUGUUACUUUUGUAACGAUGUAGUCGCUCCAGCCGACUCGAUGGCAGACCGAACCUUAGAUCAACAAUGCACUGUAACUCGCCCUGGAAUAGCACCUAUCGCGUCAGCGUUGCUUGUUGAGCUUUUCGUAGGCCUGCUGCAGCAUCCAUUGGGCGCUUCAGCUACAGCUGUAGAAAACCCCGCCGUUGGUCAUGCGGAUCAGCCUCUAGGCAUUGUUCCCCACCAAAUUCGUGGGUUUCUUGCCGAUUAUCGCAAUGUGCUCAUCAAUGGUAAAAGUUACGAAAAUUGCAGUGCAUGUUCCCCAAGGGUGACCAAUGCAUACACCGAUAAAGGAUGGAGUUUUGUCAAGCGAGCUCUUGAAGAAACGGGUUAUGUCGAGGAGUUGAGUGGCCUUGCGGAAGUACUUCAGCUCGUUCUUUUGGCAAUGAAACGAAGCGUGCAGCGUCAAGCCGAGGUGGCAAUAAAGGAGAUGGAGGCUGCAGAAGCGAGCGAUUUUGAAGACGAGGAGGGCGAACUUCUGUGA